AUGUUGAGAGUACUCAGUCUUCUUACUUUUCUCCCAUCUGUUCAGUCAAACACUUAUGAAGUCUACAGGACUUUGCAAUCAGAUCUGCUGAGGAAUUACUCAAAAGACAUCAGACCAGUCAACAUACAAACAGACAAACUACAGGUCAAUAUCAGCCUUAAAUCGAAAGCCAUUAAUAAAUUUGAUGAAAUUGACGGAGUUCUACAUAUGAUUAUUGCACUAAAGUUGAAAUGGAGAGAUGAGCUAAUAAAAUGGAAUCCUUCCAAUUAUGACCAAGUGAGAAUGCUUCGACUUCCUAUGUCAAAAGUAUGGACACCUCCCUUCUUCCUGAUAAAUUCUGCGGCCGGAUUUCAAAUGGAUUUCGGGGAUCCUGAAAAGCAGACGGUGAUAUACUUUGCCGACGGAAGUGCGCAACUUACUCCUGGUAUACUGACGUCAUCGGAGUGUUCCCCAAGUAUAACGUAUUACCCAUUUGAUAGUCACAACUGCAGCUUGCACCUUGCGACUUUUUUCCUGGAACAGGAAAUUUCCUUGCAAAUUAACCAAUUCCUUUCUAAUUAUGUGUUUGAACAUCAUCCUACUUGGGAACUGGUUUCUGUUUAUGGCCACAAUUUUUCGAAAGGAUACAUGUCAUUUGUCAUAAUUUAUAUGAAAAUAAAGAGAAGACCAACUUUCUUACUGAUAAACAUUUUUGCUCCCAUUUUAUUUCUUGCAUUUGCUAAUCUUUUCGUAUUUGCCAUUCCAAUUGAGUCCGGGGAAAGAAUAUCAUUUGCCGUCACCAUUUUGUUGUCGUUAGUUGUGUUCCUAACAUUAGUCACGGAUAAAAUGCCACAGACCAGUCUAACAGUGUCGUUCUUCUCGGUCUAUUUACUUCUUAUGAUCACCUACAGUUUCUUAAUAAUCCUGGCAUUAGUGUUUGUUCUUGGGAUUUAUCACAAAGAAGAUGAAAACAAGAUUGGAAUGCUGAACCGUCUUCUAUGUAUUUUGGAGAAAAAAAACUCCAUAACAGCUCAGCCUACCACCGCCUCUGGAUUGGGAAACGAGAAUAGGGAACCAAGAAAUGAACAACAAAGAUGUUCAAAUUCCACUGGAACCAAUCGAAUGAAAAGACUGGCUUCUGCAUUAGACAGAAUUUGCCUCAUGUUCUUCUCCGUAUUUCUUAUUCUCAUUUCGGUCAUCAAUAUUAGCAUUCUGGCAUUUACGUAA